AUGGUGCGACUCUUCAAAGCCAUCCCAGCUCUCUUCCUUGCGACGCUCGCUGCUGCCGACCUCGAGAUCCUCAGGCCUAAUUCUAACGUCUGGUGGGUCGCUCAAUCCCUCAACGAGAUCGCAUGGACGUGCAACGACUCGCCUUACUCUCAAUUCACCAUUUUCGUGAACAACACGGACCCAACGGUCCUCGUUUCCCCCAUGGCUGUCAUUUCCGUCCAGGAGAACUUCCAGUGCUCCAUCACCAUCUCGCAGAACCAGGCUAACCAACCUGCCGGCACUGGCUGGACUCUCCUCUUUGCCAGCAUUUUCAACAGCUCAGAGAUCUAUGCUACCUCGGAGGAGUUCGAGAUCAAGCCUCUCGGGUCGGCUUAUCCCACGCAGGCUACCACGGACACGUCUGCCUCUGCCUCUGGUGGUGCCUCCACCACUGGCACCGCCGACGGUGCAAACACGACCACCAGCGGUGCCCUUGGCCUCAAGGCGGGCGGUGUGUUUAGUGCGCUCGCGGGUGUGAUCGGUCUUGGUGCUCUCGUUCUCUGA